CAUGUGCUUGUGUUUUUCUUAUUGACUGAAAUACCCUCAACUCUGACCAUUAUUCCCACACAAGCCCCACUACUGUUGUUGUCUUGUCCCCUUGUCCUCCCCCUUCUGUUGCUUGCAGUGCAAACUGCUGAGAAGAGUUUGAGUUUUUAAAAUUUGGAUCACCACCUUCACAGCACCUACCCUCUCUCUCUCUCUCAGAUGGGUGUUGGAACCAGUACCUUUGUGAUCAGAUGGAUCAACUUUCUCACCAUGCUUUUAGCUGUAGGUGUUGUAGGUUUUGGGGUAUGGAUGAGCACUCAUCACGACGGCUGUCGAAAGUCGCUUACACUCCCUGUUCUAGGCCUUGGUGCCUUCAUCUUUUUGAUAUCUAUAAUCGGGUUCAUGGGCGCAUUGAAGAACAACUCCAUACUGCUAUGGAUUUAUUUGAUCAUGUUGUGCUUCAUUUUGGUGGCAAUUCUUGUCUUCACAGUAUUGGCGUUCAUUAUAACAAAUAAUGGAUCUGGUCAUAAUGUAGCUGGUUUGAGGUACAAGGAGUAUCAGCUUCAAGAUUACAGUUCAUGGUUUCUAAAACAGCUGAACAAUACACGUAACUGGAAGCACUUGAAAAGCUGUCUUGUGAAAUCUGAAGACUGCAAUAACCUGUCCAAAAAAUAUAAGACUCUUAAGCAAUAUAAGAUUGCAAAAUUAACCCCCAUUGAGGCUGGUUGCUGUCGACCACCAUCUGAAUGUGGAUAUCCAGCUGUCAAUGCUUCAUACUAUGACUUGAGCUUUCACCCAAUCAGUUCCAACAAAGAUUGCAAACUCUACAAGAAUUCCCGAGCAAUCAAGUGCUACAAUUGUGAUUCCUGCAAGGCUGGAGUUGCACAAUACAUGAAAACUGAAUGGAGAGUGGUUGCCAUCUUUAAUGUGGUUCUCUUUGUUGUCUUGUCAAUGGUCUACUUGGUGGGAUGCUGUGCAAGACGAAAUGCUACAAGCAGCCGCUCUAAAGCUUGAAGAGGAACAGAAAAAAGAAAGGGUGUUUUAUUGUCUCAUGUGUAAACAACAUUGGAAAGCCAUCAUGUAAAAAUUUGUCCAUGGACACCAGCACCCUGAUUCAGUCUGAGGAAGAAUGAAGAGAAGGGAAAUGCUGAUAAGUUUUCCAAGAAAGUGGCCAUGGUUAAGGGUACUCUUUUCAUCUCCUGCUUUCCAGGAACUGAACGGUUCCAAGGGAAAGAAAUCAUAUAGUUAUUCAAUUCCCUUCUAAACUAUAUGUGACAUUUAGACUCACAUAGUUACUCCAAACAACUAACAAAUACAAAUUGGGUGUAUGGAAAGUGAAUUCCAGGUUGUAAAAUGGGAGAUCAUUUUAUUUUUAUUGUUGACCAUGGUUAAUCUUGAGUGUUUAAGCCCUUAGAAAUUUGAA